CCCUUCGCGUCGCGCAGGGACAGGGACAGGGACGGGGACGGGGUGGCGGUGCCUGGCCGGGGCGUAGGCGCGAGCGCGGCUCCCUGAAGACACCCGGCGCCCGGCUGUCACCAUGAGUGAUCAGGCGUUGAGCUUCCUGAAGGACUUCCUAGCAGGUGGCGUCGCCGCUGCCAUCUCCAAGACCGCGGUCGCCCCCAUCGAGAGGGUGAAACUGCUGCUGCAGGUCCAGCAUGCCAGCAAACAGAUCAGUGCUGAGAAGCAGUACAAAGGGAUCAUUGAUUGCGUGGUGAGAAUCCCCAAGGAACAGGGCUUUCUCUCCUUCUGGAGAGGUAACCUGGCCAAUGUCAUCCGUUACUUCCCCACCCAAGCUCUCAACUUCGCCUUCAAGGACAAGUACAAGCAGAUCUUCCUCGGGGGCGUGGACCGGCACAAGCAGUUCUGGCGCUACUUUGCCGGUAACCUCGCAUCUGGUGGGGCAGCCGGGGCUACCUCUCUCUGCUUUGUCUACCCGCUGGACUUUGCCAGGACCAGGCUGGCCGCUGACGUGGGCAAGGGUGCUGCCCAGCGUGAGUUCACUGGUCUGGGCAACUGUCUCGUCAAGAUCUUCAAGUCUGAUGGCCUGAGGGGUCUCUACCAGGGUUUCAACGUCUCUGUCCAGGGCAUCAUUAUCUACAGGGCUGCCUACUUCGGAGUCUAUGAUACUGCCAAGGGGAUGCUGCCAGACCCUAAGAACGUACACAUCUUUGUGAGCUGGAUGAUUGCACAGAGCGUGACAGCGGUCGCAGGGCUGGUGUCCUACCCCUUUGACACAGUUCGCCGUAGGAUGAUGAUGCAGUCAGGCCGGAAAGGGGCUGAUAUAAUGUACAGUGGGACAGUCGACUGCUGGAGGAAGAUUGCGAAAGAUGAAGGACCCAGAGCUUUCUUCAAAGGUGCCUGGUCCAAUGUACUGAGAGGCAUGGGAGGUGCUUUUGUAUUGGUAUUGUAUGAUGAGAUCAAAAAAUUUGUCUAAUGUCACUAAAACUCACGUUCACUGGUUCCAGAUCCAUUUUGUGGUUUAAUAGAUUUUUCCUAGGAGAAGUGAAAAGACAGAUCUGGGAUGAAACCAGACUGAAGGGAAUACCUCAGAAAGGAAUGCUUCCUUGAGUGUUCAUUAAACCACAAAUACAUUUUGUAUUUAUUUUACAUUUAAAGUUCUACAGCAAAUAGGAAAUAACUGAUCAUUCUUGUAUAAUUAACUAAAGAACUGACAAUGAAGAAAAUAACUGAAUGUAAAACAUCAAUAAAGACCACUUAAUGCACGUUCUCUAA